AUGAGUGACAGAAGAAGAAUCCUUGGGCCAGCAAAUACAGUGACUCCAAACAUACCGAAUUCCACCGGAUCUCGAAAACCAAGCGCAACAAACACACAAUCCAUUCCCCCCUUCUUUCUCAAACAUUCCAUCAUCGAAAACGCUAAUGGUUCAGCUUAUUUAGAAAUCGGCAACACAUUAAUCGAAGUUUCGAUAUUCGGCCCACGUCCAAUCCGAGGAUCAUUUGUUGACCACGCCAGUGUCUCCGUAGAGUGCAAGUUCCAUCCAUACAUUACUCCCCAACCACAAGCAUCUACAUUUAACUCGGCCAAACAAACUGGUCGUACUGGAUUAACCGAUGUUGAACAUCGUAUUUCUAAUUAUUUAGAAGGCUGUAUCUUGCCUUGUUUAUUAUUGGAGAAGUAUCCCAAGUCAAGCAUUGACGUUCAUGUGUCGAUUAUUUCUACUGAUCGUGAUGAUUUAAAGAAUAAUGCCAAUUUACUUUGGUUGAUGAAUUGGAUCGUCUGCUGUACUAGUGUCGCGUUUGUUGAUUCUGGAAUAGAGAUGAGGGACGUGAUUACUGGUGGUCAAGUGAGAUUAUGUGGAGAUAAAGUAAUUAUACAUCCAGAUUUAGAAGAUGACGAAACUGACGAGCCAUCAGUCGAUGGUCUUUUGAAUUUUAUGAAUUUGAAAAACGAUGAAAUUGUAGGUAUUUGGAUUGAAGGUAAUGAAACUGAUUUGUCAACCGAAAAGAUGAACCAGCUAGUUGAAGAGUGUAAGAAAAUGUCAAAGAUAAUCCGUGCUAAUAUUAAUUCAUACUUGAUAAACUCGUUUAAAUAG